CUGGGGCGUUUUCAGACCGAUGUGGAGGUCAGCCUCAAGGGCCGCGCCAACGUGGUCACCGACGCUGACCUGGCUUCGGAAAGGCUGAUACUCGAUUACGUAUCCGAGGAAUACCCCGAUUUUGGCAUACUGUCCGAGGAGUCCGAACCGGUCGCCGGAACGUCACCCUACACGUGGGUGGUGGACCCCAUCGACGGCACCCGCAAUUUCGCCGAGGGCAUCCCACAUUUCUGCAUCGUCGUUGCCAUCUCAGAUGGUGACCAGGUGGUCUGCGGCGUCACCUACGACCCCGUCCGUGACGAAAUGUUUGCCGCGCAGCGCGGGCGCGGGGCCACGCUCAACGGCGAGCCCAUGCAAGUAUCUGACCGCGAGGACAUCGACGAGGCCGUCCUGGGCUUUGAUUUGGGCUACGACUUUGGCCAGGCCAAGCACCUGCUUGAGCUUGCCGCGGACGUUUGGCCCCGGGUCCAGGGUUAUCGGCUGAUGGGCGCCGGCGCGCUUGGCCUCGCCUACGCCGCCUGCGGACGCAUCGACCUCUACUUCCACCAUAGCCUGUCCGCUUGGGACAUCGCGUCGGGGGUCCUGCUCGCCCGCGAAGCCGGCGGCGCCGUCCUCGACCGCGCCACGCUGGAGGACGCCACGCUCUUUUCGCCGGGUCUCAUCGUCUCAAACCCAUCGCUGGUGAAACAGUUCCUCGCCCUCACCGAGGGCUCAACGUGGCGCUCCAUGUGA